UAGCCUGGGCAUCGAUCUUGAUUAGUUUAUUAAUCCUUUGUAACUACCUUCUUAAAGAGCUACGUCUAUUUGGUCAGGAUCUACAUUCUUAAAACGGCUACUGACCAAGAAAUUUAUCAACAUCUCGGCUUCGGUUUAGUCGACGCACAGGGAAAUGUUGUUUAAGAACAUGUUUUCGAUGUUUUCCGUGAUUGGUGCUUUUUUGCCACUGGUCACGUCAGAAAUAGUGUCCACAAAGUAUGGAGGCAUUGAAGGUCUUGUGACUUCGUACCCGAAUGCCUCGGGUCCGUUCAAGUCUGUCAGCAAGUUUCUUGGCGUUCCUUUCGCCGCUCCGCCGAUUGGAGAGCUCAGACUAAAAGCCCCAGUGCCGCCAAAAGCUUGGCCGAACGUUCUCCAAACGAAAAAGCAUGGAGACGUGUGUUGGCAGGGUACAUUGUUGGAAAUUUAUAUCAAAAUGUUCGCUCCAAAUUUCACGUACAGUGAAGACUGCUUGUAUCUCGAUGUCUACAGCCCAAAUGUCAGCCAGAGUUUGCCCGUGCUGUUUUAUAUCCACGGAGGAGGUUACGAGUACGGUACAGCACUCACAUUUCCCAGCGAUCUUUUGGCUCUUCACGGUGUAGUAGUAGUUGUGAUCCAGUAUCGUCUCGGACCAUUUGGAUUCUUGACGACCGGAGAUUCUGCGGCCCCUGGGAAUUAUGGAAUGUUGGAUCAAGUCGAAGCACUCAAAUGGUCGACGCACAGGGAAAUGUUGUUUAAGAACAUGUUUUCGAUGUUUUCCGUGAUUGGUGCUUUUUUGCCACUGGUCACGUCAGAAAUAGUGUCCACAAAGUAUGGAGGCAUUGAAGGUCUUGUGACUUCGUACCCGAAUGCCUCGGGUCCGUUCAAGUCUGUCAGCAAGUUUCUUGGCGUUCCUUUCGCCGCUCCGCCGAUUGGAGAGCUCAGACUAAAAGCCCCAGUGCCGCCAAAAGCUUGGCCGAACGUUCUCCAAACGAAAAAGCAUGGAGACGUGUGUUGGCAGGGUACAUUGUUGGAAAUUUAUAUCAAAAUGUUCGCUCCAAAUUUCACGUACAGUGAAGACUGCUUGUAUCUCGAUGUCUACAGCCCAAAUGUCAGCCAGAGUUUGCCCGUGCUGUUUUAUAUCCACGGAGGAGGUUACGAGUACGGUACAGCACUCACAUUUCCCAGCGAUCUUUUGGCUCUUCACGGUGUAGUAGUAGUUGUGAUCCAGUAUCGUCUCGGACCAUUUGGAUUCUUGACGACCGGAGAUUCUGCGGCCCCUGGGAAUUAUGGAAUGUUGGAUCAAGUCGAAGCACUCAAAUGGGUCAAAGAGAACAUUGAACAUUUUGGCGGAGAUCCCAGCAAGGUGACCAUAUGUGGUAUAAGUGCUGGCGCAACGAGCGUGUCUCUGCAUCUCAUGUCACCUCUAUCUAAGGGUCUUUUCCACCAAGCCAUUGCAGAGAGUGGAGUGGAUUUGAGUCCCUUUGCAAUUCAACCCGUUGCGUCGGCUCUCCGUUUCGCUACUGACCUUGCUGAAAAGCUGGACUGUGCGACGAACGAUCACAGCACAAUGCUCGCUUGCAUACUCCAGCAAAAAGACGUGGACAUACAGAAAGCUUCCGACACAAUACCCUUUGGGAUAUCUCAUAUAGUACGCUGGGGGCCAGUUGUGGAUAAUCACUUUCUGCUUGACACCCCCCGGAAACUACGAGAAAAAGGAGACUUCAGGAAAGUAAAGUUGAUGAUUAGUUUUACCAGUCAGGAGGGUGCUGGAGGCCUUGGAGUGAUGGCGAACCGGAGCUUUGGAAUGGCGGAAAGUGUGGAUAACGGAGCGAGUCCCUCAUUCUUCAAGAAAUUUGUAACAAACUUUGCGCAUUUUCGAAACAGCAGAGAUAAAACCGCCGACCUCGUCGCGGACGCGCUGGAGUUCAUGUACACGCCAUGGCCUGAUAACAGUGAUAAAUACGCACUGAGAAGUCGACUUGUCGACCUCAUCGGUGAUCAAAUUUUCACUGCACCAAGUCACGAGGUUGCUGAUAUUCACAGCAAAUAUGCUCCGGUGUACAUGUACGAGUUUGCUCACCGUCCAAAGAACGCCAGUAUUUCCGCUGAGUGGAUGGGAGUUGCUCAUGGCGAAAACGUGUUUUUUCCCUUUGGAAUCCCACUGUGGUUUCCUAGGUAUGACGCGGCCGACAAAAACGUCAGUCUGUUUAUCAUGGCAACGUACGCAAACUUCGUCAAGACCGGCGAUCCAACGCCACAACCAGUCAGUGGUGUUACGUGGGAGAGGUACAACUCCACUCACAGAGCUUAUCUGCAAGUUGAAACCAAACCCAAGAUGGCGGCGGCGUUUGCUUCUCGCCGAAUGGCUUUUUGGAAUGAUUACUAUCCUAAACUGCAGCAAGUGAAGUUUGAUACCGAGAAGGAGGUGGUCAGCGGUGGAAGUGCUGGUGUUGCCAUGGGAAUGCUUAUUUACAUUGCACUCGUCGUCGUUUUUGUGCUGUUCUGAAUUGGAGUUGAAUAACUUCGCUCACGUCAGUCAGGUGCAAUGACUUGCUCGGGCCGGUGUAAAUAUGUUAUCACUGAUACAACAUACUGUCAGUAUAGUUGAACCUCAUUAUUUCCAACUCGGAUAUUUCAAACACUCUGUUUUCCCGAACUCAGCUAAUUUUCCUUGGAUGUAUACUUUUUGAUUUAUUUACUAUCGUCUAUUUCGAAACUCCGCCAUCUCGUUUUCUUUCGGAGCUAGAGAUAGUGGCGUAUAAGUUUAUUUGGGCACUGUUAAUGAACUUAUAAUGUUGAACUACCUUUGGAAUUUCUAUAAAAGUACGAGUUGAUUGAGAGCAAUUCAAGACCAAAUAGUCGCCUCUUAAUGCUUAUGGUCGGUUUGAAACCUGACAACGUGACAUGCGCAUGGGACAUUACACAUGUGACAUGCAACAUUACCCUUGCCACACGUCCCAGUGUCAGAGAUUUGAUCUUGCAUGUCACGGAUGUGAUGUUACAUGUCACAGAUGUGAUGUUGCACGUCAUGGAUGUGAUUUCUCUUGUCAAAGAUGUGAUGUUGCAUGUCAGAAAUGUAAUGUUGCGUGUCACGGAUACGAUCUUUCAUGUCACAGAUGCUUCGUCGCAUGUCACAGAUAUGAUGUUACAUGUCACAGAUGUGAUGCUACAUGCCACAGAUGUGAUGUUGCAUUUCACAGAUGCGACGUCAUAUGAUGUCAUAGGCCAUUGUUGUACUGUUGCGUGUUACUCUGGUGAAUGUUUAUGUCAAAGGUGACAUUCAACAUUUUAUCAAUAACACGCAUGGCAUGCAGCCUUGUACCAAUAACAUGCAACAUGCAUGCAUAGAGUUUUGAACUUGAUCAAAAUCUUAAAUUUGCAAACAAACCUUCACAUGUAAUAUUCAACGUUAUACGUUUAAGAAUGUUUACGAGAAAAAGCGUUAGCGGCUAAAUAAAAAUGAGAUCUAGAUGUAAAGUAAGGUAAAGUAAAGUAAGCUGAAAUAAAGAACGUAACUGAUGGCGUUUA